CUUCCCUUUGUAUAGAAAACGACCUUAAUACUAAACAAGUAAAGGCUGAAAUGCUCGUAAGCUUUACUUAUGGCCUGGGCCUAAGGGGAGGCAGGCACAAGAGAAAUGUGUGCAAAAAAGACGACAAGGGCAAAAUCAAAAGGAAUCAAAGUCGAAUUUGUGCAAUUUCCAAAGAUAAAUUAGAUUAAUCAAAAUGGGUCUCUCUAAUUUAGAUGCAACUAUCAUCACGAUACGAUGGAGGGGCAACAUAUCAGUCUGUGUUAUGACAAAUGGCACGCAAAUUUUGGACCGUUGGGUUGGCAAAAGCAAUCCCAAUGCCGAUGGCAUGAGACCAAAAUGGAGUGGCAGAUUACCCACUCUUACAUUUAUUCAUUACCACCAACAACAGCGAUGCAUGCAUAAAUUUAUUUAGAGAACGGUCGAUUUUUUGUUUUUUGUUGUUUUACUUUUUUUUUUCGAUUUUUAGAGGUGGGUUGUUUAGAGAAAUUUAUGGAGUGUUGAAAGGAGGGACUUACGAGGAACAGGAAUGGAUAAGGAACAAGGCAAGAAAAAUGGCAAUGGUGUGAAGUUGAAGAAGAGGGAGCAUGAAGAAUCUGCUGUAAUGGAGGACUGGGGAGAUGGAAAUGGGAUAGAGUUUGAGUUUCUCAAGGAUGAAGAUCUGGACAAGGUUUCGGAAUUCAAAAAAGGAAAUGGGUUUAUUGAGAUGAGAUGUGGGUGUACAUGUAUUAAGUACGGAGAUGCGGUUGGCAGGUUAAGAAUUUAUCAGGAAGGAGAUUUUAAGGUGCUUUGUGAAUGCGCGCCUGGUUGCGACGCAGGUGAAUUGAGUCCAUCUGCAUUUGAAAGGCAUGCUGGGCGUGAAAAUGCAAGGAAGUGGAAAAACAAUAUCUGGAUUAUUAUUGAUGGUGAGAAAGUUCCUUUGUCAAAAACAAUGUUCCUCAAAUAUUACAGUAAGGUAUCAAGGAAUGGCAGAGGUAACCAGAAGGGUCACAACAAACAAUCUUGUCACCGUGAUGAAUUUAUCCAUUGCAGUAAGUGUAACAAAGACCGGAGAUUUAAGCUGAGAAACAAAGAAGAAUGCCGUAUUUAUCAUGAUGCCUGUAGAAACCUGAAUUGGGAGUGUGCAGAUCUACCUUAUGACAAAAUUACUUGCAAAGAAGAGGAAGAGAGAGUGAGCCGCAAAUCACACAGAGGAUGUCCUAAUUCUGCAGCUUGUGAAGGAUGCACUUCUUGCGUGUGCUUUGGUUGCAGCAUGUGUCGCUUUUCUGAUUGCACUUGUCAGAUUUGUGUUGAUUUCACAUCAAAUGCCAAAGCAUAAUGGAUUAUUCUUUCGUUUCUUUUUCUUAUUAAUUUGCAGAUUGACGUGGCCACAAUGCUAACCAAUUUACUUGUUGCCAAGCUUCGAUUAAGUGAUUUUUGCAGAGUUCAGUACUAGGAAAAGUUUCAUUCAUCAAGAAAAAUGCCAAUCCUGGAUGGUUCAUCAAAUGCAGAAUGUACAUGGGACAACACUUCCAUAAGAAACAAAGCUUAUGGAUUUCAAUAUAGAAUGUAUUGAAAAGGGCAUCCAUUUUUAUCACCUACAAAGUAUACAUGGAAUUCUAAUUUGCUUCUCUCCUUCAAUUACAGUAAGGAUCCAACAAGAGGAUAUGGCUAGCUUUUAAUUGAUUAAUAAACUUAUGUUUGGCAAAUGUCUAAAGUUGCCUUGCCAACAAUAUUGGUUGCGUUAUUUAUGGUGUAGGUCGACCAUUUAUUUGAGAUCCCUAUGCUGUGAUAGCCACACAAAUACUGCACUGUUCUCAUAACUUAUUGUCACUGAAUCAUAAUUAAAAUAAUUGAGGGUUUUAAAUUGUGAUUUA